AUGAAGUCUGGUGAUUUCGUCCUCAUGAUCCUCAUCCUUGCCGUCUGGGCUGAGCUGCCAUCUGUGUCCGGACGGAAUAUUCCAGAGUUUUGCAUGCUGCCUAAGGACCGUGGACCAUGUCACAAUGAGGUGUAUGCCUUCUACUACAACUCAACCACCGAGACUUGCGAGGUGUUUUUCUAUGGGGGCUGCCAGGGCAAUGACAACUUAUUUUUCACCAAGCAGGAAUGCUUGAGAGUCUGUGGAGAAACAGAGUUUUGCAGGCUGCCUAUGGACCAGGGACCAUGUAGGGGUGACUUUGAUGCCUACUACUACAACUCAACCACCAAGACUUGUGAGAUGUUUAUCUAUGGGGGCUGCCAGGGCAAUGACAACUUAUUUUUCAGCAAGGAGGAAUGCUUGAGAGUCUGUGGAGAAACAGGGACAGUUCUGCUUCUGCUUCUGCUGCUGCUGCUGCUCUCCACUCCCGCCUACUAA